AAUUACUCUUCAAGCAAACAUUUUAUUUUAAAUAAGAAAAAAAAAAACACUUAAAAAAUUGUUCCGCAAGAAAACAAUAACCAUCUGAAUAAAUUCUCCCUCUAAAAAUGAUCUCAUCCUCUUAAAUAAAGGGUUUUAGCUUGAACUUCUCCAUUCUAGGGCUUAAGCACAGAAAUUCUUCAAGCAUUCAAAACCUGCUAAAAAUGUCGAUCUCAAGAUUAGCAAGAACUAGGGUUCUUGAAUCUUCUCGUCAUUUCUUCAACAAUUUUUCGCACCAAAAUUCAAUUACUUCUUCUCCGAUUCUCAAUCAACUAAGAAGUAUCUCUACUUCAUCGAUUCUCAAUCAAUCUCCUUUUUAUCCCUCUAAUAAUUACGCGGCGCUACUUUCUCAGUCUCGCAAUUUCUCCUCUGGUCGUAAUUUUGAUCCUUAUGAGAGGUAUAUGAGAAGGACAGCUAUCAAUUGGGGUAUAAGAUUUGUGCCUCAACAAGAAGCUUAUGUCAUUGAACGUUUUGGGAAGUUCAGUAGUGUUCUUGAAGCAGGGUUGCAUUUACUAAUACCAUUUGUGGACCGAAUCGCAUACAUACACUCACUGAAAGAACAGACCAUCGAAAUUCCUGAGCAACCUGCUGUGACUACUGACAAUGUUAGCAUUAGGGUGAAUGGUGUCCUCUUUGUCAAGGUCAUUGAUGCAAAACAGGCGUCAUAUGGCAAUGAUAAUGUCCUCUAUGCAGUAACUCAGUUAGCACAAACUGUGAUGCGUAGUGCUAUUGGAAAAAUGCCACUUGACAGGACCUUUAUGGAGAGAGACACUAUAAAUGCAAACAUUGUGGAAGCUAUCAACGAAGUUGCCUCACAGUGGGGUCUUAUCUGUCGCCGUUAUGAGAUAAGGGAUAUUCUUCCACCUCCUGGGAUACGAGAAAGUAUGGAAAAGCAAGCUGAAGCAGAGAGGUUGAAAAGAGCUUUAAUCAUUGAGGCAGAAGGAAAGAAAGAAGCUGUUGUAUUAACUUCAGAUGCUGCAAAGAUGGACCAAAUUAACAGGGCAACAGGUGAAGCAGAGGCCAUCCGUAUCGUUUCUGAAGCUCUUAAAGGAAAUGGUCAAGCGGCUGCAAAUCUCAAAUUGGCCCGAGACUAUGUGCAAGCUUAUAACAACAUGGCUAAGGAAUCUACAAUUAUGGUGCUUCCAGCAGCAAUGAAUGAUGUUUCCAGCACAAUGGCAAUGGGUCUUUCUCUCUACCAGAAAAUGUUUGCAAACAACAAAGGAGAUACUUCAACUUUUUCGCCUUUCAAUCCAACAUCUUCAGCCACUCAAAAUGAGAGUAAAGAUGAUAACAAAGCUACAGCAGCAGAAAACAAACCUGUUUUUUCACUUCAAAGCCCGAAGAAACCUGAGUAGGAGAAUUAUAGGACAUACAAGGGAGAUCUACUUUCAGUUUUAAUUAGAGAAGAAAACUGAGGAAAAUUUUGCUUGAUGUAAUGUUUAAUUCAUUUAGCCUCUAAGGUACACAAACUCAUUCUGCUUAACAGAUAUGUCUAGUUGACCUAAUUGUUUUAGCUUAAUGAAGGAACCAUGCCCUCAUUUUUCAUUCUGUUGGAAUGUUCUUGGGGCUACCUUCAGGGCUUCAGGCACCAGUCUGUCAGAAUAAUGUUUUGAACAAAAUUGUGGUUUUGUUCUUCCCUCUUUUAAUGAUGAAGGUAUCAAACCAAUUGUGGAAUAUUUUACUUGAUU